AUCUUCCAUAUUUGUGUUGCAAUGUCUCUACUUCAGCCUCCAUUUCUUUUGGUUCAUGAGCUCAAAGUUUUCGAGCUACCAACGAUGGCGAACAAUUUCAUUCAUUGUCCAUCAUCGACAAAGAUCGACCGAAAGCUCAUCGAGAGAAAUAGAAGAGCAGAAAUGAAGGCCCUUUUCUCAAGGCUCCAUUCUCUUGUCCCAAAUCAAAGCUCAACGGAAGCUGAAACAACACUACUAGAUCAGCUAGAAAACGCCACAAAUUACAUAAAACAAUUGAAGGAGAACGUGGAGAAAUUGAAAGAGAAGAGAGAGAAGUUAAUGGGAUCACGAGAAGGUGAAACUAAAGCAAGAUUAUUGGUGCAAGUUGAAGCUCAUCAAGUGGGUUCUUCGUUGGAGGUUCUCUUGACUACUGGAUCUGAUUAUCAGUUUGUUUUAAAUCAAAUCCUCCAGCUGCUUCAAGAAAAUGGAACUCAAAUCGUUUAUAUCAAUCACUCAACCGUUAAAGAUCGAGUUUUUCACAAGAUAAUAGCUGAGAUGGUGGGAGAAGGGACGACCUCCGAAAGCACUAAAGGUGAAAGGAUCUGCGAGACGGUGAAGAAGUUUGUUUCACAAUACAAAGAUGUCCAAUACAAUGUUUAAUGUUUUGUCUAAAACAUCGAGUGACUGAUCUUGAAGAUUUAUGAUAUCGUUUUGAUUUGGUUGAAUGCUUCAAAAUCUUAUGUUCAAAUCUU